AUGUUUUCUCAAGAGCGUAUUUACGUGUCCAAAGCAUGUACAAACUGUAAAAGGCAACAUAUAAAAUGUUCUCUACAUUUUCCCUGUACAAAUUGCGUGAAGCGCAAAUUUGAAUGUGUUUUCACUAACUCUUCUAAAAGACGCGGCCGAAAACCGAAGCAUAAGAGAGUCGACGUAAUUUCAUCUAUCCAAAUUCAAGAAAAUAGGUUUAAUCCGUCUAUAGACAAUCAAAACCAACAAUUAUGUAAAAUGGUAAACUCUUCACAAAACCAUACAUUAUUAACUUACGACGCGUCCGCACAAAACAUUCUUCCAAAUGACUUUAAUCAGGAACAGUUCUAUCAGUUUAAUGACAUUACUCAAAAAAUAGACUUUUUACCUCAAGUCCAUGAAGUUUCUAAUUGUCAAAAUACUAUAUCCACUAAUUAUGCUGCUAGUUAUAUUGAUAACACACCAUCCUUGUCAUAUGAUUAUGUUUCUGUACCGUUAUCUUUUGAUGAUCGUUUAAUCUAUUCCUCAGUUACGGAAUCAUAUAAUUCGGAUUAUGAUUAUUAUAACCAACACAUAUACAAUUUAAGUCCAGAAAAUUAUUACGACAUUUAUUAUUAUGACAUUGUUGAUUCGCUUACUUUUAAUUAA